AUGGAAGGACUUAUGAUAGAAUGUCGUCAAACCGCAACAAAAGGCUGUGGGAACAAACUACCAUGCAAGCAGCAACAGCAACAGCCGCCCGGCUGGCCCUAUUGGUACUACGAACGUUAUGGGCGGUCAGACAGCACAACAGACACAACCGCAUCCGCACCGAGUCCGGCUCAACCUCAAUCAGGAGGAUCGUCUGGAGGAGGACAGCAGCAAAGUGCUCAAGGACAAAUGGCUUUAACUCCAACGAAUCCGAAACCGACGCCCGAUCCAGAAAAAUGUAGACUUAUUGAACAACAAUUGGCAUUACUUAUGCAUGCUUAUAAAUAUCAACGUCGCGAAACUCGAGCGAACGGCGAAAUGAGGCAGUGUACCUUACCAUUUUGUGAAACGAUGAAAAAUCUUCUGAAGCAUAUGACGAAUUGCCAAGCUAAAAAGAAUUGUACUGUACCAAAAACUGUAGUAUGUCCCGACAAAUUAUCAGUCAUUGGAAGCAUUGCAAUCGAGGUCUCUGUCCAGUCUGCGUACCAAUAAAACUGGACAAAAGCAGGA